CCAAUUGGCAUUCUCGACGAAACUUCGAUUUGGGGUGAUUCUCUUCUUCUAGAUUCAGUAAAAAUGGGUCUUUAGUCGCCGCCAUUGACGACUACGACGACCGUGUUCUUCCUUCAUCUUCCUAGUCUCGUUCUCCUUUUCUCUAUUCCCUUUUUUCUCUCCAUAUUUCCGUUCACCAUUCCUCUCCUCAACGACGAAAUCUCCAUUUUUUCUCAGCCAUGGCUCCCAAUACGGCAUCGUCUAGCGCCGGAUCGGCAGAUUCUUCCGCCCCCCGGAGAAAUUCCAAGCGACCCAAGUAUUCAAAAUUUACACAGCAGGAGCUUCCAGCUUGUAAGCCAAUUCUAACGCCUGGUUGGGUGAUUUUGACAUUUUUGGUUAUUAGUGUUAUCUUCAUCCCUCUCGGAGUUGUUUCUCUUUUCGCUUCCCAGGAUGUUGUUGAGAUCGUUGAUCGGUAUGAUAAUGAUUGCAUACCGGCUCCUGCUAGGGCUAACAAGGUUGCAUACAUUCAAGGAGCUGGAGAUAAAUCAUGUAACCGGACAAUAACAGUUCAUAAGCUAAUGAAGAAGCCUAUCUACGUUUAUUACCAGCUUGAGAACUUCUACCAGAAUCACCGCAGGUAUGUGAAAAGCCGGAGUGAUUCGCAGUUGAGAAGUGUGAAAAAUGAGAAUCAGAUAGAUGCAUGCAAGCCUGAGGAUGAUGUUAAUGGGCAGCCGAUUGUGCCGUGUGGUCUAAUUGCUUGGAGUCUUUUUAAUGACACAUACGAUUUAUCAAUAAACAGCAAAAAUUUAACUGUACGCAAGGACGGAAUUGCGUGGGAUAGUGACAGGGAACACAAGUUUGGGAAAAAUGUAUAUCCCAAGAACUUUCAGAUGGGCAAUCUCACCGGUGGUGGCAGACUAGAUCCAAAUAAAUCGCUGAGUGAGCAAGAGGAUCUGAUUGUGUGGAUGAGGACUGCAGCUUUGCCAACGUUUAGAAAACUAUACGGGAAGAUAAUAGAUACUGACCUGCAUAAGGGUGAUACCAUACGCGUGAAUCUGAAGAACAACUACAACACAUACAGUUUCAAUGGGAAGAAGAAGCUUGUUUUGUCAACAACUAGUUGGCUCGGUGGAAAGAACGACUUCCUCGGCAUUGCUUACCUCACAGUUGGAGGAAUCUGUUUCUUCUUGGCACUUGCAUUUACUAUCAUGUAUCUUGUGAAACCCAGGCGACUUGGAGAUCCUACUUACUUGUCGUGGAAUAGAAUUCCCGGAGGUCGGUAAACAAAAGACUAUGUAUCAUCUGCGUAUGUAAAUCUCUUUAUCCAUGAUUGUAAUUUCAGCCCAAACUGCAAGUGGUUAUAUGUAUUAUAGAUGUGAAAUACAUAUGACAAUUACAUAGAAAUGAAUGAUGCUUCCUAUCAUUUUCAUUA